AUGGCUGCCGUGGGUCUCUCCUUCACCUGGACUCUGCUCCUGCCUUCGUUGCUCCAGGCUUUCAUUCUCCCCACCCUGGACAGCCCUGCGGGGAACUCUUCUUUGAGUUCGGCCUCAGAGCUGCCUUCACUGAACGGUCCUUCCCAAGAAUCUCUGCCCCCAGCUGUGCCCCAUUGGGAUCCCAAUGCCCGUAAGGUCUCUAGCAGCGAUGGAGAGCCAAGAACGGAGAACUGGAGAGGGGCCAUUCCCACUGUCAAUCCUGGGGGGCCCGUACUCACAUUGCCCUUUGGCUUCCCUGCAGCGAUGGGUUCUAGCUCACGGUCUCCCACAAAUGCUUCAGGAGGAAGCUUGGUCUCCCAAGCUGGUGGCUCCUCUUUGCCAACAACGGGCCUUUCCCACACGCAGAAAGAGCCUGAAGAUACUGGCCACAUAACCGUAGAACCGAGUCCAAACUUAGGGGAGAAUGGGAGCUCUCUCUCUUUGCCUGGCAUUGGGAUGCCAAGUGUAGCCAGCCUCGGUACAGCCUCAUUCCCAGCCUCUUCCGGGGAGCGUGUGUUGGACUCAACACCCUCUCGGGAGGGAACCACACACAGCCACCUCCAAGCAGUAUUCAAAGACAUCUCCAUGGCAACUACUUUAAGCCCCCCGCCUACAGUGUCUACCAUCCCCUUGGUGACAUUACCUCCCGACUCAUCCCACAUAAAGUGGAUGGGCACCGUUCCCAGGGGCGAUGAUGAUUCCACAGGGCAGGAAUUGGUCGGCAGGAAUCAAACCACAGUGAAGUACUUGGCUUCGUACAGGAGCUCCCAGGCCUAUGGUGAUCCGCAGGGCCGGGAGGGCCUUUCUACCUCCCCUUUUAAUGCCACUCUGGCGACUGGGUACACCCAGAGUCCAUCAGGGCCGCAGAGAGGCACCGUGCACUUAAGUUCCACUUCCCAGGCACCCCAGUUAACCAGUAUGGCUGUCCCACUGGAUAGGAAGGGCCAAGGGCUUGUUGUUCUCCCAGAAGGUUCCCAUCGCUCAGACUCAGAGGAUCUUCUCCUCAGCCCUUCAACCCCUUCGCCAUCAAAAGGCACGACAGGGACCCAGGGGCCGGUCGUCCAGGAAAGAAUUACCCACUGGGGCCUGAUCGUUGAUACCACUCAGCAAGCAGGAACUCGGCAUACGGCAGGGACAGAACGGACUCCCUCCCAGGGCAGCUCCGCCAAGCCAGCUUUUUCCAGCUCCGCCGCCCCAGGAACCGAAGAAGUGGUUGAUAUUGACCCACAACGAGUCCGAGGAGCUGUGAUCCCAAGGAUUCCUGUUGGCUCCACUACUCCUGGGCAGGGCAUCUUUGUGGCGGGGAAGGGCCCAGGCUCUAGACACCCAGAUCCAGCCGGGACCCAGCCUCCUGGGCAGAGCAGCGCUGUGCCUGCCACCCCUUCCUCCCGCCUGCUGGCAACUCCUCGGCGUGGCCUGAUCCGAGUCACCACGCAAAGAGCCCUGCAACACCCCCAGCUGGCCAGACCAGAGCCCACCCUGCCCGCCUUGCUGCCUGCCUCCAGCCCACCCUGCCCACGCCCUGGCAGCUCCUGCAGCCACUUUUUGCCCAACCAGACCUUGCUGCAGUGGAAGGACCUGGAGCGGACGCUGAGCUUCGCCUGGGCGCUACACGUCUACGCCUCGGGCGUCCUCUUUCUCCUUCUUAGCCUGCUGAGCUUGGCCUGCUUGGUGGGCUCUCUGGCCAUGCACGUGCCACACCUCCCGUACGUUGUGGGCGCCAGUGCCCUGCUGCUGGCGUUCGGGGUCCUGCGUGCCACCUUUUUUCUGGCGGACCCGUAUGGCUCGCGAGGCUGGCUCCCCCCACAGGCCGUGCGGGUGCUGUACACGGCCCCCUUCCCCCUGCUGCUGAGCACGUUUGCGGUGCUUCUGCUCCGCCUCCUCCGUCAGGCCCGCCUGCAAGUCUUGCCCCCGAAACUGCAAAGCCUGCUCUCGUUGGCUCUCCUGGGGUCGGCGCAAAGCACCCUCCUCCUGGGGGCUGACUUGCUCACCCCUCCGAUGCACCCAGCCAUGGCUGUGGGGCUGCACACCCUCUCCUGCACUGCCGGUUUCUGCCUCUUGCCCGUCACCGUGCUCGUGUACUGGCAGCUACGGCACCGCACAGCAUCUGAGGGCACUCCUGAGCCAGGAGUGUGGAGCGGGGCGUGGGUGCUUCUGGGAAGCGGUGGGUUGGCACUCCCGUGCUGCGGGCUGCAGCUGUACGGGGUGCUGUGGCUCUACGGACUGCUGGGCCGGCCAGAUGUCUUCACCUGGGCCUGGUGGUUUGUGCAGUUCUGGUUCCGGAUCGGCGAGCUGGUGCUCUCCUUCACUCUGGCCCUCUUAGCCUGGCAGGCCCUUUGCCAGCGGUACGGGAGCGCUGAACACUCCUGCUGGGUGAAGCUCAUGCGCUACUUCUGUACCUACCGCAAGGUGGAGGUGCCCGAGUAUCCCAACAACUGUUAUGACUGGACCGGCGGGGUCCUGGAGAAAGUACCCAACAACGAUAUCAGUAAGAGCUUGAUCCGGAACCCGCCUACCAGCGGGCGCCUCUGGGCACUGAAGGACAGCAAUGAAUUGCGGCCAGCAGUCGGCCAACGUUCCAGCCCUUCCCCAGUGUACCCCGUCUACAGCCCCAAGUGCCCCAACGCUGCCGUUGCCAUGGGCCGCUCAUACACCAGCAUCUGCUUUGAACGGGAUUCUGUGCUGUCCCUGGCCGAACUGGAGUUCCGGCCACCCUCGCCCAUCAACCUGAGCCGCAGCAUCGAUGAGGCCCUCUUCCGGGAGCAUUUGGUGCGCGACUCCAUUUUCCUGCGCUCCAGCCUCCACUUCCCGUCCCGUUUGGCGCGCCAGGACUCCUGCUCUUCGCUGCGCGGCGACUGCUCGACCAUCUCCCACGCGGCGCAGCCCCUGCUGGCCCGGCCUCGCCGGAGCAGCGACCCGGACUGCCUGUACAGCUUGGCGCGGGCCAGCUCAGCAGGCGAGCUCGCCACGCAGAGCCGGGGCCUGGCCAGCGAGCCCCCGACGGACACCUCCUUCGACAGUUUCUCCCGCACCUCCUUCUCCCGGGCCUCCCUCAAGAUCAGCUGGAACCCCUGGCGCCACGGCCUGUCCUCGCCAGAAAGCCUGCCCGCGGAGGAGCUACCCUGCCAGGCCCAACUGCUGCCAGACGAACUCCCUCCGGCUCCAUCCCACAGUGCGCCGAACUCUGAAGGCGAGGCCAGGAGGAGUUUCUUGGCUCUCAGCAAGCAGGUGGAUUCCCGCAGUCUCUCCAGUGACACCAUUGAAUUGUGA